UAAACGUCGUUGAUAUAGCAACUAGAUUAACGGUAGUGAAAUUGACAGAGUUUCCUGAAGAUGUUUAGUUAACUUGAAGAAAUAUGUCUCUAAAUUAAUCAUGGCAACGUUUGUAACUGUCCAGUAUGGAGAAAACGAAGAGCUUCUUAUUAACCCGAAUUGCCGACAGCUGACCUUUAUGGGAUACUUGCGUGAGAAAUGCCAGUAUGAUAAAAAUGCAUUUAUUGACCUAUUAGAUGAGAAUGGUAGAUUGACGAACCUUCAUCUCGUUAAUCCACACGACAACGUACGAGACUGUUUCGAGGAAAGGAUUAUCUACAUACCAGUAAUGUUAGAAAAGAUACCUGAUUCUGACAAUUACAAGACGGUAAAACCGCAACUUGAAGACUGGGAGAAAACCUUCCCGCAACUUGAGAAAAAGAUUAAGAUCCUUACUGGCGAGGUCAAGCGAAAAAAGAGCCCAUAUAGAGGUCUUGGAGGAGGUCGAGUGGUGGAUAGAAAGGCCUCAAGUCUCUCGAACAAAUCUGAUGCCGGACGCUCUCAAUCUCAGUUAGGCCGACCCUCCACAAUCCUACAGUCAACAACAAAUACAGGAAGGAAGUCAGUCGUUGGAAAUAAAGGGGAGAUCAAGAUGGCGUCCAAAGUAAAAGGCGGGAAAGGGAAGAAGAAAUAGACACUUUUGUUUGUAUUUAAUUUUGUUAUUAAAAUGUGAAUCAGGUUAUAUCAUAAACUUAUUAUCAUACUGUCAUCGUCAUGAGCGAGUAAAACAAUUCAGUUUUUAUAACAUUUAUAAGACAGAUAGAGAAUCAGUAUAAAGUGAUUAUAUGUUAC